UUUCAUAACUUGUCUUAAACAACGAGUUGACCUGAAGGAGGUGAAUACAGAGGAUGAGUGUGAUUUCAUUCUGGUUUUCUGCACGAUUGUGUCACAACCUGGAACUGACAUUGAAGUAGCAAUGAAACGUCUACACAAUAUUUCAGACACCAAACCUGUAAUCCUGGUGGUGCUCCAUCACACAUUUUAUCCAGAGUGUGUUGUUCCAGACAGCAUCAAAUGUGUAAACAGAAAGAAUAUGAUCGCAGUCGACUGUCUGUUCCAGGAAGAUACAGGAUUACUGCAGUGUCUGAAGAAUAAUGAAUCACUGGCCAAAACUUCACAAUAUCUGAAGGAAUAUAUAAAAUGUGAAAACAUGAAAAGGAAAAAGGAAGGACCCAGAAACAGUGCAAGACGCAUUAAAAAGGAAGUUACAGGACUUGAAGGUACAAAUAUGAAACCAGAUCAAACAACUAAUGUUUUAGAGGAAAGCGAAAAUUCUCAACCUGAGAGAAAUCAACAACUGAUAGACAGACUUCUGACAGAAAAUAAACAAACACUUCAGAAGAAGGACAAGACACUGGAAGAGAAGGAGAAACAGCUCAAACAGACAAGAGCUGAACUGGACAAAACAAUUAAGGUGUUAGAAAACAGUCAGAGACACGUGGAGGAGAAAAACACACAACUAAAGAAUCUGAACAAACUGCUGAAGGAGAAAGAAACACAGCUGAAGAACAACGAUAAAGAGCUGGAAACCUGUACAAAUAAACUGGACACACUGGGACAGGAGCUGCAGGACAAAGAGAGACAACUGGUGAGUGUGAAGGAAGAACUGGAAACCAGUAGAAAUAAACUGGACACAGUGGGACAGGAGCUGCAGGACAAGCAGAGACAACUACAGGACAUGAUGAUCGUAGUGGAGCAACAGAAAUCUGAGAUAGCAGAAAAAAAACAACAGCUUGAAGAGAAAGAGAGUCUUCUAACUGAGAGAGAGACACAGCUAAUGGAAAGAGACAAAGAGCUUCAGGAGAAAGACAGACUUCUGACAGAAAAUACACAAACACUUCAGAAAAAGGACAAGACAUUGGAAGAGAAGGAGAAACAGCUCAAACAGACAAGAGCUGAACUGGACAAAACAAUUAAGGCGUUAGAAGACAGUCAGCAACAGGUCACACAAUUAAAACAGGAAAUGCAGGGAGGGACACCAUAUAAUCAGCCUUUUUUUAUCCAGAUGUUGAAUCGUUCUCGUCUAACAUACUUCACUCUAAUGACUGGAAACACAUUAGGACAUCAUGUGGACAUAGAGAGGAAACUUCAGGAACUAAUACCAGGCCUGCAGAAGGUGAUGAAAUUGGAAGAGUCUGAUUUAGUUCUAGUUUUCUGCCCUGUUGUUUCACGAACUGGAACUGACACUGAAGCAGCAGUAGAGAUGCUUAAUACCCAAGCAGGUAACAAACCUGCAGUUCUGGUGGUGCUUCAUCACACCUUUAAUCCAGAACUUAUUGUAUCAGACAGCAGCAGAUUAGUAAAUAGACAGAAUACGAUCACAGUCGACUGUCUGUUCUAUGAAGAUCACGGAUUACUGACGUGUCAUAAGAACAAUGAAGGACUGUCCAAAGUUGUAAACUGGCUGCAUCCCAAGGGUGAUGAAAAUCCUGAAAAGAACAACAGAUUUGGCAACUUGGGAAAAAAGUUGGCCGAUUGGAUGUCAAGUCACUCCGAGUUUACACUCAUUUCCCACCAAUAUAAACGGGUUCAGCUUGGCUCAACAGUCACAUUCUCGUGUCUCCUAUCUCCUAAAAUCAAUGCUGUUGACAUGCAGAUCCAGUGGUUUAAGGGGACGGACUGUGUUUUUCUCUAUAAGAACAGAGAAAUGAAAGAGGGGAGAGGUUACAAGGGUAGAGUGAGUCUAUUCACUCAGGAGCUGGACAAAGGAAACAUCUACUUACAGCUGAAGGAGAGCCGUGAAUCAGAUAUAGGACAUUACCUGUGUCAGGUGACUGAUGGGGAAAGAAUGGGAAAGCUUACAGUAAGACUGUGGUGGCAUCAUCUUCGAAGCAUAAACAGACUCUUUCAGUGUGGUGUCAUUCCCUAUGUUAAAAUCCAGCAGUGGGGGAAAAAAUGGUCAGAAGAGGAGAAAAUUAAAAUGGCAGAGUCUUCAUUGUUGACUGAAUAUAAUACAGAUGUUAAAGGCAUCAUAAAGGACCUUCUAAAAACACACAACGCAUUAGAAAAAACUGAGCAGCGACUGAAAGACACCAUGCAGGAACUAAACAGAGCAAAAGCAGAGCUGGACGUUGCUGCUGUUCCAGACUUAUUUGGCUCUGUGUCAAAAGUGGAGUCUCCAGUCAUGGGUUCUUCAGAAUUGCGGUUGGUGCUGCUCGGGAGGACGGGGUCUGGAAAGAGUGCAGCGGGAAACACCAUCCUGGGCAAAGCAGAGAGAAACCUGGAUAUCACACCUACAGCCACCCAGCAGAGUGAGAGCACACAAGGGGAGGUGGCUGGGAGGAAGGUGACUGUGGUGGACACGCCUGACUGGUUCUCUUCUGGACUCUCUGCGGAGAAGCUGAGACAGGACGUGGGGCUCUGUGUCCGUCUGUCUGCUCCAGGACCCCACGCCUUCGUCGUGGUCAUACCUGUAAAGCAGCCUACAGGAGAGGAGAGAGGUAUGAUGGAGAAAAUUGAAGAGAUCUUUGGAGAGGAAUGUUGGGAGACUGCCUUCCUCAUUUUCACUGUUUCCGAUGAAGUUCAGAAGAAGAAUAUUGAGGAAUUUAUCCAAUCAGGAGACCAGGAGGUCCAGAGACUUGUAAAGAACUGUGGGAAUAGGUUUCACUGUCUCAACAUUAAAGAGAGUGAAGAUGGUUCUCAGGUAUCAGAGCUGCUGGAGAAGAUAGAGAAGAUGGUGGUCAAAAAUAAAGGAAGAUUCCUCAGCAGUGAGCUCUACCUGGAAACAGAGUCUAAGAUUGAAAAAAUUAUUUUGUGUAUUAAAGAAAAGAAAAUAGCAAAAGAAGAACGAGAAGUGGAAGUGAAACUAGAGGAGGACCUCCAGAAAUCUCUGAAAAAGAUUGAAGGAAUGAUCCAAGAGCAUGAAAAAGAUAUUACACAGCUGAACAAUCAAGUAGCUGAUCUGGAAGGAAAAAUUAAAGAGGAAAUGGAUGAAGUGAAAAAAGAAAAACUGAAAGAGGAACUAGAUGGAGAAAUGCAGAAGAGGACAAAGAUUGAGAAUGUAAUUAAUAUACUAAAUGAAAAAGUAGAGUGGGAGAGGAGAGAGUUGAAGGGGAUACUCAGACAAAAGGUGGAAGAUAUAAGGAAGGCCUAUGAAGGAGAGGCUGGAAUGGAGGAAGAGAGAAGACUUAUGAAAAUCAUGAUUCCUGAAAUCCAGAGAUAUAUUUUGACCUCCAAAUCAAAGAUGGAGGAAUAUUUCAGAGGACAGAUGGAAGAGAAGGAUAGAGAGCUGGAGUUACUGAAAAAGACACUGACGCAGCUUAGAGAAGAGAAAAACGAACCCGUUUUGGGAAAAGAGGCUCAUAAUGAGUCUGGAGAAACCGCCUUCAAAAACAAGUGGAGGAAACAUGGUGGGAGUUUAUGAUUACUCAGGAUUUCAAAAUGUUUUUAAAUACAGUGAUGGUGAGAUUUAUUCAUGCAGACCUGUGCAUAAACCUGACACUUUUGCUGGAGGGAAGUUACUCUUGAGUGCUUAGCGAUUCUGUCAUCCAGCCACAUACACAACUGGUGCAAAUGAUUUUCUUAACUUUAAUAUGAAUUACAUAAUUACAAAAGAGGUUUGCUAGGUCUAACCCUCAUAUAACCAUUAAUAACUAUUAGCUUUUGUUUAUGAUCGUGGUUACACUGUGAUUGUCUGUAAUGCUGCACUACAGUGUAUCAGUAGGAAUGCAACUAAAUGUUAUUUAAAAAACUGACGAGACAAUUUUUAUAUUUUUUUUGAUGAUGAUGAUGAUACGGUGGCCGAGAAGUGCAAAACACAUUAACAAAUCCGAAAACAAAUGAACAAAUCUGAAAACAAAUUAACAAAUCCCAAAACAAAUUAACAAAUCCCAAAACAAAUGAACAAAUCCAAAAACACAUUAACAAAUCCCAAAACAAAUUAACAAAUCCGAAAACACAUUAACAAAUCCCAAAACAAAUUAACAAAUCUGAAAACAAAUUAACAAAUCCCAAAACACAUUAACAAAUCCCAAAACAAAUUAACAAAUCUGAAAACAAAUUAACAAAUCCCAAAACACAUUAACAAAUCCCAAAACACAUUAACAAGUCAGACAACCCGGAAGCGGUUGGUAUAGUUUGUGAAUGGAAACUUACCAUCAUCAAUGUGUUUUCGGAUUUGUUAAUUUGUUUUGAGAAUUGUUAAUGUGUUUUCGGAUUUGUUAAUUUGUUUUCGGAUUUGUUAAUGUGUUUUCAGAUUUGUUAAUUUGUUUUGCACUUCCCGGCCACCGUAUGAUGAUGAUGAUGA